CGUGCAAGUGAUUGGAAGCGUAAAGUUAAAAGGCGUGAAAAAAGUAAAAGCAAUUGCAAAGAGUAAAAAAAGAAAAUUUGUGUUUUUAUUAAAGGGAAAAACAAGAAAUUUACAAAAUUACACAAGUUAAUUUAAUUAAAAAAAAGUGUUAAAAAGUUAAAAGAAAAUUUUCAUUAAGCUGGAAACUAAAUAAAAAGAAAAUUUUCUGCAAAAGUUGUGGUGCAAAAGAAAGCGUAGUUUUUUUUUUCGUUGGCGUCCUCAGGCAAAUAAACACAAUCAAUGGAAUUAUUUGUGGAUAAUUAAAAACAAAUCAAGGAUUGUUUUUUUAAAUGUUCCAUUGCUGUUGGAAAUUAUUGUUAAUAGGCAUUGCUGUUGAAAAUUAUCCAUUGCUGUUGGAUAUUAUUGUUUAUAGACACUCGUAAAAAUUCUCUAAAUAUUUUUAAUUGUUUAGAGUUUUUUGUUGAAAUUCGUAAUGAAUCACUUUAAUGCUGUAAACACGUUUUUAUAAAUCCCUAAUCAAAAAUACACGAAUAAACAAUAUUUAAAAGGUGAAUUCAAGCAUUAAAUGCAAAUAAAAAACAAAAAACACAAGAAAAAAACAACAACAAACAAAUAAUAUAUAAAAUUUCCUAUAAAUAGCAAAAAGAAAAAAAAAAACAACGGCUAUAAUUGAAACAAACAAUAAGCAAACUUAACGGCCACACAGAAAAAGAAACAGAAAGGUCGUAAAAAUAACAACAACAGCAACACUUAUUUAUGAUAGAACGUGUGAAGUGCAAUUAAUACGAAACAACAGCAGCAGCAGCUGUAACUCUUACAAAUCUUGAGGAUACAGAAAAACUCCUACAAACUGUAGUAUAACUGAAGGAGAGACUUUUUAAAAUCUACACAUUAUGGAACUGUCAUCGUUCAUAAAAGAGACAAAGGAUGUGGAAUUUCAAGAUGUUUACUAUACGGUGGAGAUGAAGAAAAGUUUUGUUAAAGUCAUUGGCCAGCGUGAAAUACUCAAAGGUGUUAGUGGCAGUUUUCGUAAUGGUCAAUUAUCCGCCAUUAUGGGACCCUCGGGUGCGGGAAAAAGUAGUCUUUUAAAUGCUAUAUCAGGUUACUGUACUUCUGGUGUAUCGGGCCAUUUAAAAAUUGAUCGCAAAAACUCUUGUUAUAUAACACAAGAAGAUCAUCAUCAAACUUUGCUAUCGGUAGAAGAACUAAUGCAUUUGGCUUGUGAUUUGAAAAUAAAACGUGAAGAUUGCAAAAAUAAGAAACAAUUAAUAGAAGAUAUUCUAGUGAAUUUGAACUUAAAUCAUAGACGUAAUGUAAAAGCCAAUAAAUUAAGUGGUGGUGAAAGAAAACGCCUCUCAGUGGCUUUGGAAUUAGUGGCCAAUCCAAAAAUAUUCUUUCUAGAUGAACCCACUAGUGGUUUGGAUGAGGUGACGGCUUUACAAUGCAUACGAUUACUAAGUAAUUUGGCUAAACAAGGUCACACUGUUGUGUGUACCAUACAUCAACCGUCGGCCACGAUUUUUAAUUAUUUCGAUAAUGUUUAUGUUUUGGCUCAGGGGAAAUGUGUUUAUCAGGGUCCUCCCUUGGCAUUAGUGCCGUUUUUGGAUCAGGCUCAAAUGGAAUGUCCUAAACAUUACAGUCCUUCGGAUUAUAUAAUCGAACUUUGUGAUUUUGAGGGACCCAAUAUUAUCACUCACUUGUCCUCUCUCAUGGAUAAUGGCAAACUUAUCUACAGUCCUCCGUUGCUUAUAGAUAACAAUAAAAAUGUUGCAGAUAAAGGUGUGGCUAGUGCUGAUACUCCUUCGUUUAUAUUUCGUCAUGCUGUUACUUCAUUCUUUCCCGAAAUUAAUCAAACUCCGGGUUUUUCUUCUCUAUUAACCAAAUCGCAUAAUUCUUUCUUUACCGGCACUUCUCUGUUAGUUGAACAUAUGAAAAUGUUUUCCAAAAAUCUAUCAAAAUCUUCAGAAGGUACCUCAGGUUUUCAGCAGUUUUGUGUUUUAACGCGCAUUAUGUUUUUACGUAUUCUACGGGCUCGCAUUCCAAUCAUCAUACAGUUUAUACACCACGCCAUGGUGGGUUUGUGUUUUGGUUUACUUUUCUAUAAUCUGGGUAAUCAGGGUUCACAUAUGUUUGCUCAUUUGAAAUUUUGCAUUAGUGCUAUUUUAAUGAUUGCCUAUACCCAAGUAACCAUACCAGUAUUGACCUUUCCUUUAGAAGUACAAAUUGUUAAAAAGGAAACCUUUAAUCACUGGUAUUCUUUGACUCCCUACUAUAUGGCCAUGAGUAUAAGUCGUCUUCCACUACAGAUUAUAUACAAUGUUAUAUAUCUUUCCAUUAUUUAUUGGAUGACCGGUUUUCCUCCUCAAUGGUGGCGUUUUGCUAUUUUUAUUGCAGUGGGUCUAAUGACAUCAUUUGUGGCUGAAGGUUUAGGUUUGUCCAUAGGAGCAACAUUUAGUAUAACGAACGGUUCCGUUGUGGGACCCAUGAUCAUUGCCUCCUUCAUUGGCUUAGCGAUUUAUGGUUUUGAUUUUGCACCCCAAAUACCUGACCUCAUGAAUUUCGGCAUGAAAACCAGUUUUAUGCGUAACGGUGUAGUGGCUUUGGUUUUAACACUCUUCGGUUAUGGUCGUGAAACAUUAGAUUGUGAUGAUAUCUAUUGUCAUUUUAGUGAUCCUCGAGUAUUGUUGAGAUUCUUAGAUUUGGAAAAGGUCACUUUGCAACAGCAAUUUAUGUAUUUAUUUGUUUUAUUGGUAUUAUUUAGAUCUUUAUUGUAUAUAAGUUUAAGGGUACAAUGUAAAACGUAAGAGCGUGAGAUAAGGGAAGAGGAUUAGAUAAUUUUUAAAGAAAAACAUUCCUAAAAUAUGUUAUUUUAGCUUAGAAAGUAGAUAGAACGUUUUAAGAAAUUUUGGAAAGAUUUAAGUUUUAGAUCCUUUAAAAUAAUACGUUUUUUAACGAACAUUUAUAGAAAAAUGGUUAGGGGUAGAAAUCGUAUCUAUUGGUUGAGCCAAUUGAAUUUGAUUUCUUAAGUAAAUUUAUUGAAACUAAUGUUAUCCUUUCUAAAUUUGGUUUUCAUACAAAAAUUUUCGAAAUAGUUUCUAAACAUUUCUUAUGAAAGAAACCUGUGAUAAUUUUAAAAUAAAAUUAUAUUAAAUUAAAUACAUUUUGCAAUAAAAUUGUUAAAAAUUUAGUUAGUUUUUAAGUUAAUCAAAAAAAGUUUGAUAACUAUGAAAAUUAAAAUAAAAUUGUAAAAAAAACCUAUAAAAUUCCUAAUUUAUAUAAAUCCUUAAACAGUAAUUCAGUAUUUGCCUCAAACUUUCACCAUUUAAUUGCCAAAUUUGUUUAUU